AUAUUUGGGAAAUGAGAAAUUUAAAUGUACAUAUGGUUUAUAUGUAUAAUAGUUUAUAUUCAAAUUUUGAGCUCCAUUUUCAUGUUCAGCACUGUGAUAAGAAUUUCAGAAACAAUUAACUACAUAGUUUCUUUUUAAGGAGCUUAAAGUUUAAACAUUAGUUGUGUGACAUAUUAAAGACAGGUAUAGGCUAAUUAUAAAUAUUGAACUUAAAAGGGAUGUUUAAAUUGUUGCACAAGCUCAUUUGCAAAGUGUUAGGAUUGACAUGAUUUCAGAUGGUUUGCUCAGUAUUUGGUCAUUUUAUACUGUAUUUUGCAACUCAAAAGAUCCAAGGUAUCACAAUGUUGGAUGAUCAGUACAUACAUGUUAAUGCUAAUACUUUAGUAUUGGGCUUUAUAAUUGAUAAAAAUUUCCCCCAACAUCUUCUAUGAAGUAGCAAGUUCUGAUCAUCUCCAUGAUGAGUUAAAUGUCUGUUUAAAUACAUGAAAUAUUCAUAAAUUUUAUUUUGAUCACAAUAUUCAAACAUAAACAACGGAACACUUCAAAAUGAGAGUAUAAUGUGACCCCAAUGAGUAGCACAAAAGGUGGACCUACCCUGGUUGAAGAGGACCAGUCCUGACCCCUGAUACAGCUCCACAGAAGGAAGGCAUGGAUCUGAGCAAUAGCAUGAAAACCAAUUUAGAGUAUAUGAACAGUGAAUGCAUAAAUAUGGAUUUUUCAUUUUAGGAUUUUUUUUAAUUCCCUUUCUUGGAUAUUAACAGGUCAGAGUACCUAGGCUUAAGUGCCACUGUGAAAGGCCAACUCCCAUUGUCAUCAAUUCUCUGGAAGAAGAGGAAUGCAGAAGUGCUUCCACAAUCUUUAGGCAAAAAUAUUUCCAUUUAAAAUUCGUUUCCACUAAAUAGCAACCAGUUGCUUCUUUUUAGAGAAUGGACAGAGAUAAAUAGGUAACCUUUUUCUUUUAAAAAGAAUCUAUACAUGGCAUGUAUUGAGAUGUGUUUAAACACUUUUAAAAAUUCACGUAUUAAUUUAUAAGUCAAUUUGAAGGAAGGUGACUUACAGAAUGCAGAGAGAAGAGUAUCUGGUACCCUUCGGUGGGUGCGCAGUGAAGCAAGAACAGAUGCUGCGGUUUGACAUCACUCCAAUGUUUGUUGACUUUUUUGUUCUAAUCAUUUUAUUCCGCCCAACCCAGUUUGGCCUCUAGGUUUAGGGUUCACCCUUGUCUGUGAGGAAACUCCAUGUCAUUCCAUUUUGCCAGGAACAAAACUAAAAACUAGUCCAUGUAGGCUUUGUUAUAUUCCUUUGAACCAGAAGAUACCUAAUGUUGCUGUUCAGACUCAAAAGCUUACAUAGGAUACGUGUAAACUCUAGUAUAGAGUUCACCGUGCUGCCAGUGAUAAUUCUCCUUAUGGUAAUUUUUCAUACAAGAGUUUUGCUGCUAUGUUUAACGAAUGAUAAAAAAUUUUUUUUAAGGAAACUAGGUGAGUUUGAAAAUGCUAACUGGAACAGAUGAGCCAAUUAUGUGUUUAUUCCACAGAACGAACUAUAACUAGUGCAUAAGGGAUGCUGAUUAAAACUCGGGGUCGGUCUGAAACAAAUGCCUCUCUCCAAUCUGGCAUGUCAGCAAUGUUUUGACUCUAGCAGUAUAAUCUAUUUCGAUCUCUAGAGGAAGCAAUCGGAAGCACAUAAAGAGGGAGGAAACUACCCUAUAGUCACCAAGCUUAACCUACUACAAAUGAGACGAUUAGUUUACGUGAGAAAGAAUGUAAAGGCACAAGGUGGACACUGACUUUACAAGGGAACAGGCCCCGCCCCUGCCUCUGCAAUUCUGUUCUGGCCUCUGAGGAGCUCCAUGUCAGCCCGGGGAAAGUUUUGUGUUCUUGCGUGCGCAGUAAGCCUGCCCAGUGCCGCGUGGGAAAGGCGGGACUUCCCUACCUCCUACGUCAUCUCCAGUGCGACGCAAACGUCACUGGCUUGACUGGGAAGGUCAACAGUGUGUGCGGGAGGGUGCUCUUCCACGCGGACGCAUGCGCGCGGCGGCUUCGACGGAGUACCUGCAGCUAGUCUGUGCUCUCCACGUUUUAGGCUCAGCCCUGGCGCAGUUAUGCUGUGCCGGCUUGGCGGUAGGUGGCUGCGGCCGCCACCCGUCCUGCAGGUUGGGACCCGGGUCCCGCAGCGUGUGUCGGCCCCGACUGGCUGCACCAAGCGCUCCGCUCUGCCAGUGUGGGCGGUGGCUUCAGUCUCUGCCGUUAGCCCGGGCGGCGGGGGCGGCUGGUACCAGGCCCUUGCCACGUCGGCGCCUGUGCAGAGUGCGGAGGAGAUGCUGCUUGGGGUGCACACCGCCACGGGCCUGCCCUGGUGGGGCAGCAUCCUCCUCACCACCGUGGCCCUGCGCGGCUCUGUCACGCUGCCCCUGGCGGCCUACCAGCACUACAUCCUGGCCAAGGUGGAAAAUUUGCAGCCAGAAAUAAAAAACAUUGCUAGGCAUCUUAACCAAGAAGUUGCACUUCGUGCAAAUCAGUUGGGGUGGUCCAAAAGAGUUGCCAGGCUCACUUACCUAAAGAAUAUGCGGAGGCUUGUUUCAGAGUUGUAUGUCCGGGAUAACUGCCACCCUUUCAAAGCCACAGUGUUGGUCUGGAUUCAGCUUCCAAUGUGGAUCUUCAUGUCUGUAGCUCUCCGGAAUUUUAGCACAGGAGCAGCACAUGCAGAAGGUUUUUCUGUUCAGGAGCAGUUAGCUACUGGUGGGGUCCUGUGGUUUCCUGACCUCACUUCACUGGAUUCCACUUGGAUUCUGCCUAUCUCCGUUGGUGUCAUCAAUUUAUUAAUAGUAGAGAUUUUUGCUCUGCAAAAAAUUGGGAUGUCUCGUUUUCAGAUGUAUGUUACAUACUUUGUACGGGCAGUAUCAGUGUUGAUGAUUCCAGUUGCUGCAACAGUACCUUCAUCGAUUGUUCUCUACUGGUUUUGCUCCAGCUUCAUGGGCCUUUCACAGAACUUGCUGCUGCGUUCUCCUAGGUUUCGUCGACUUUGCCGAAUACCGUUGACAAAGGGAGAUUCAGAGACUCCUUAUAAGGACCUCUUUGCUGCCUUUUAUGCCAAGUUCAUUUCAAGAAAAUGACAUACUUUUUAGUAAUUUUGAAACAGAAGUGUCACCAUCACCUUAAUAUAUUUAGAAUAUUUAGGAAUUCAGAUAUGAUUUAAUUUGCCUUUAAAAUGAACUCUGAAGUACUGUGGAUUAAGAUAUAAUCCAGAUAUAUUUGAGAAUACCUAAAAUUUUUUAAGUGCUAGGAAUGUGUUUAAUUUUGUGCUGAGAAUAUAAAUGUGGAAUUAAAGUGUCCAGUUUUGUUUAGAAAAUUAUACCUUGUUAGGGAUGGUAGAACUUUGGAGAACAGGACUAGAUAGUGAAUGAUGUCAAAUUGUACUGAAUGGUCCCACACAUUAAAAUUUUUAUAAAGUAAUAAAGUUCAGUGAGGUGACUUAAAAUUUUAGAGGUGUGGAGAAUCAUAGACCCAUUUGACCAUCUGAUAAAGGGAUGGUCAGAAAAAUCCAAAGAUUCACAGCAUGGGGCCUUCAUUGACCACCCCUGUGAAAGCCUGCUGAUGAUUCCUGGUUUAAAAUUCUUAUUCUGAUGAACCAUAUAUUGACAAGUUAAUGUGUGAUUUUAAAAAAUGGGCUUGAGAUGCAUGGGGUAGAAUAGUCCAUGCAUGCAAGGAAGUACCUUGUAUGGUAGGUGACGUAGCCUCUCAACCAUGCUCUGAAAGAAUACAGAAAGUGUACAUUCCUUUUCUUAUAAUUUAAGAAAUCUGGGAUAUAAAGUAGGGAACUAAAUACUGUUAGAGACCAAAGUGGGAGAUCUUAAGCAUUAAGUUUGUUCAGUCAAAGGAGGAUAAACCAGAAGGAUGGCUACCGAUUAUGGAGGUGAUUUUAUAAACCAUUGUUUAUUUGGAAGGAUUAAGUACUCUAAGGGGUUUAAACUAUGAUAGAUGUUUAAUAUAGGAAAAAUUAACAGGUGAUAUAAAUUUUGGACCCAGUUUGUUACUUGAAAAGGUGAUAAAAUUAAUUCUGGUUGAGAUAUUUAGAAAUAAAUUUGCUAGGCAUUUAAGAUUAUAAACUAUAAAUUUGCACUAAGUUGGAAUAUGAACCUGACUUUGAGAUGCCCUAUCAUCCCAUCUCAUGUUUUAUAAUAAAAUCUAACGUGAAAUUAAUUAGUCAUUUCUUAGAUGAUGUCUGUUAUAUCUUAGCCAUUUUGGUUACCAUGUUACUGCAGCUCACUGAGAGUUUUGAGGUAGCAUUUGACACUAACUUUUUUUCUUGAAUUCCCAGCCCUGGUUUAUGGCUGCCCCGUUGAGACAACCAUGCUUCCUUAUCACAGUAAAGGAAUUGAAGCUUAUGUACAGGCAAUCUCAUUAUUCGCAGAUUCCAUGUUUGUCAAUUUGACCACCUGCUAAAAUUUAUCUGUAACCUCUAAAUCAUUAUUCAUAAUGCUUUUGAUGUCAUUCUUGGACAUACACAGAGUGGCAAAAAAUUUGAGUCACCUGAGGCACAUCUUCCCAGAGAGGUGGGACAAGGCCACUCCUUGCCUUUAUGUUUCAGCUCUCAAACUGUAAACAAAUGUCCUUUUUGUGGUCUACUUAGUGCUUUGUUUUUUUUUCAUCUUCGUAAUUUUUGUUGCUGAUUUCACUACUUAAAGUGGCCUCCAAGGAUCAUGCCGAAGUGCUGUCUAGUGUUCCUAAUCAUGAGAAGGCUCUGAUGUUUCUUAAUACCUGCAUGAGAUAAGCAUCAUUCAGGCAUGAGUUCUGUUGGCCUUAAGUUCAUUGUUAAUGAAUCAACAAUACAUUGUAUUGAUUUUUGACAAAAAUGUGCCCAGAGGCUUGCGGGAAUUUAACCCUGUGUAUUCUUUAGAAGCAGUGGUCCAGUAUUCACUAAUUCAGUAUUUGUGGUGACUUUAUAGAACAUAACUACCUCACAUAACAAGAACUGAUUAUUUGCCACAUUUACAAUUAGGGACACAGAGGCAGAAAUGAGUGCUGGUUGUAUUACAGUAAAAAGAGGAGAGAAUUUGAGAAAAAUCGUGGCUAUCUCUGGAACAAAUUGGUCCUUGCUAUGUGUACACAGAUUCAGAUAUUUUUCUCAUAAUGGGAUGGGGAAAAUCAGCCCCCUUCCUUCCUCCUACUCAAAGAAAUUUGUCACUUUCUUAAAAGUAAAAAAUAAAGGAAUGCUUGACUCCCCUUUUCAAAUAGGAGAAUCUUUCACGUGCAUGCUUUUAUCUUUUUCACUGUGAUUCUCUUUGAUUUCAGAUGUACAUUUGUAUCUUUUAAAACGUAUAAUUUACCUAGUUUCCUAUUACUCUUCCAUUUUCAAACUUAAAUUGCUUUUCAAAUGUAUAUAAUAAGUUUAUUUGAGAAUACAAGGCCUUUCCUUCCAGAUCUCAAAAUUUCUGGUAGGAUUGGGAGUGGCUGGGAUCUUGGGAUAUACUCAUGUAUAAAUAAAACUGGUAUGUUACAAA